UGUUUUUCUGAGGUAGAGGUGUCUACAAAAGUGCCUGUAAAUCGCAUUUAUCAACUUUUGAUGAUAUGUUGCGUAUGUUUCAAUGAUGCAAAAGAAUAUGGUGUCAGACGAUGAGCUUUAACUGUUGAGCAAAUCAGAAAUAUCGCUGGGUUUUUUCACAAUGGAUUUCUUCCGAAAAAAGAAGGGGGAUGGAAAAAGUAAAAAGGGAAAGAAAGAUAAGAAUGAGAGUAGUUCUCAAAAAGGAAGCAGUCCAGCAUUCGGAUUAAAUGUAACAGUGACAAAUAGCGGCCCAAAAGGGAAUAAGUCCUACAAAGAAACUAAUGUGGACAGAAACAACAGCGGGUUCCAAGCACAGGCUGUAACGCCGUCUGUAUGUGCGGAAAGUCCUAAUUCAGAGGUUCAUGGUUUAGCGAGGACACCUGAACCUGACGAAGUGGUAGUCCUCAAUAAUCGUGUCCUGUCGCCUAACGGUGUCAAGGCUUACAAACAGUUCAAUGAAGUUCUCAGUAAGAUGGACCGAGCCUUGGAGACCGAGGAGUCGGAAGACGACAUGGAUGCUAGUAGUCUUGGACUUGCUUUAAGAUCAGAACCUGACAUAGACAUGUCUCCUCAGGCACGACUGCAGAAUGGAAGCAGCGGAACUUUCCAGUUAUCUGGGGUUACUGCGGAUGAUCGCGAUGUCGAUGAUCAAGUAGUACCUUCGAAGAAAGUGCCCAUCAUCCAUGUAACUCAGCCAAGUGCAGACUCCAUGGAGCAAGACUCUAAUGUUGAGGCGAUUGCUCUCAAGUCUCCGAUAGAAUGGAAUGAUGAGGACGUAGUCGACUGGUGCAAGAGCAGAGGUCUAACUUACUUCGCGGAGUUGUUUGAUGGGAGCAACAUUGAUGGAACCAGCCUCCUAGAUAUGGAUGAAGAUGACCUCAUUGACCUUGAGCUUGAUGAUGCUGAGCAGAGGAAGCACUUCCUGAUGGAAUUAGCCGUGUUACGGGAGUCGUUGGCUGCGGAGUGUGGAGCUGCGACGCCAACUUCGAACACUCAGGUAGAAACUGAGGUUGAGAUUGAUCAUCCUGUGGCCAAAUGGACCAAUGAGGAUAUUCUUAUGUGGUUGGAGGAAGUGAGACUCACUCGUUUCCUCACCGUCUUCAGAGAUUACGAUGUCACAGGGCUUCAGCUGAUGGACCUGGACCUACAAAUGCUCGAUGAUCUUGGAAUCACACAAGUUGAGGACCGAGAACAGUUUCUCAGCAGGUUUUAUGAACUGUUGAAUGACGAUAGUUUGGCUGUGCGAGAGGAACAGGAAGUUCAGAUUGAGCCAGUCCAGUAUGAUGCUGUGAAUGCUGCACCUGGUGAGAUGACAGCUCCCACAGAGGAAAAUGAUGUUGAGAGUUAUCGCCACAACAACACACCAGCUGAUGAACUGGUGGAGGAUUACGCCCCCACACCAGUCCCUGCUAUUGAAGUGCCAUCCCCAGAGCCAGAGGAGCGAAUUGAAGAGAUUUGGAGUUUAAUUGAAUCUGGCAAGUCCACCUCCGAGCACCAUUCCACGGAUGUUAGUGCUGAGGUGACACCAAGAAGUACGGACUAUGAGAGUAAUAUUCUCAGUCCAGAAGUUGAUAUCGAUAGAGAAAUAAGGAACAUGGAAAAAGCAAUUGCCAAACUGCAGAGUGAUCUUCAAGGAAGUGAGGACACAGAGAGCCAGGAACAUUCGUCAAUUGUACUCAAGCUGUCCACAGCUCAGACCAGGUUACGCAGCCUGCAUGAGCAGAAGUCAAUCAUGGAAGAAUCGUCUGAUGAAUCAAAGUCACAAGAUGCCACUUUUGAAAUCCAUACCUCUGAUCUCUACCAAUUGAUGGUUGACAACCCUAUAGACAUGGUAAUGGUCGACAUCGACUCGACCAGCGAUGAUACACCAGGGUUUGAUGUUUUGGAGGAUGAGGACCAUGGUGGGCUGGUGGUGACGUCGUCUCAGAGUGGGCUCUCGCUACAGCCAGGUGACAGAUUAUUAGAAGUCAAUGGCUACAAUAUCUCCAGUUCCCCACUCUCCAUCUUCGAGCAGUUCAUGUCCACGCAUCCUCCGCCCCUGAAACUUGUGGUGAUUCGGCCGAAGCAUGGGAAGGAUGACGACAAGGAAGAGGAACUGACCGAUUUGAAGGACGAUUUGUCGCUUGUUCUGCGUGACUUAGAGGUGGCUGUGGCCGAGAAUAAGGAACUGAAGAAUGAGAACCAGCAAUUAAAAAGCAGUCUAAGGGAUCUCCAGGAUGAAAAGAGUCAACACGCGAUGCAGGUUCAAAUGCUCCAGGAACAAGUUGAGGCAUCGGAGACUCGAUGGAAGGACCUGCGUAACUCGCUUGUCAAGAUGAAGAACGACCAGUUUGAUUUGGAGACUGCCUUUGGUCCAUUUUCUCAGUGGAAUCCACAGACUGGCACAAAAGCAGACCUUGAUGAGGCGCUGCAGACUGUGAAUGUCCUUCAGAAAACACUGGAAGAAAAGCACACAGCCUUGUCCAACACGAAGAAAGAAAAGAAUGAAUAUAAGAAACGAUUAAAUCAAAUUCUUAAUGACAGUACUUCAAGUGAUCUCAAUUAUGAAAUAUUGGAUGACAAGCAGCCGAUAUGGGAAAGUAUGCAGUCGAGAAGUAAGACAGAAGUCCUUCAAGCCUUAAAAGAUAAUGUGCUCGAGAACGAACGCCAAAAAGUCUGCUUUGACCAACUGCUAGCGGUCGUCAUGAAACGUGCCCCAGCUUUAUUACAGAAAGUCGAUGUGUUAAACGCUAUUAAGUUUGACGAUGUGAAGAAUAGACCUGAAUUUCAAUGCUGAUACUGACUUUCGUAUCACCUGUGGGUGUCUACAAGCUGUAAUGGAUGAGAGGAUUUCCCCAUUUUCUCAAUAUUUAAUCUCAGAACUGAAUGUGGUCAUGAAUAUGACAAGAAACGAACCCAAAAAUGUCCAUGUUGUCCCACCCUCCUCAUUAUUAUCCUGAGGUACACUUUUAUAUAGUUUCAGUUCAAUUUGUUUGUUUUGAAGUCUGUUGAUGUUAUAUUGUAACUGUACAUAGACCAACUGUUUAUAAGUCGUAUAUUGUAUACUCAUUCUCUUUACCUCAGUUUGGUGCUAGAAGUAGUCAGUCAGUGUACCUAUAUCUAUUGUCUAAAUAUAGAAUCAAAAUUGUAGAAAUUUAUACCAUAUUCUUCUAACAUUUUUUGCACAAAAUCGGUCACACAACUAAACCAUUUCACGGCACUAGUAUACAUUUUGCAGGAGAAAGGUGUUAUGAUAUUCCCUUGUCAUGAUUUCUAGUAUUAUUCAUUGUAGCGUUUAUAUUGUGUUGCUAAUUUUGUUGUGUUGUUGUGAAGAAUAUUGAUGAAGAGUAGGUAUUGAAAUUAACAUGUUUGAUUAACUAAAUUCGGCCGUCUUAUUUGAAUGCUUGUGACCAGUUUUGCAGAAAAGGCACAGGUGAAAUCUACUGUUUCUCAGGUUGUGAAUUGCUCUCACUGGAUUGGCAGUUGGGUGCAAGUUCAUGACAGGUGCCCAUGUUAUGAUCCCUUAAUAAAUGGUCUUAAGCAAUGCAGACAACCAACUUUCUUUGCAGAGACAUGCAAUAUUUAUUGCUGUGAUGAGCGAUGAAAUUAUCACUUGUCUGCAGUUAUAGCCUUGCUGUGCAUUAAUGUGUGCUGCCAGCUGUUUUCUAUACUGUAGGGCUGUAUUUGUACCACUUUACCUUACAUCAAGCAAAGAUUUAUUCUUGCUUGCUUAUAUGUAUGUAGAUAACAAAUUGAAUGUGGAGGCAGCGAUUGUAUCCAGGAACUAAUACCAUAGAAACUAACAAUACAUAUACCACUAGAGAAUGUACUAAAUGUAAUAAUCUUCAAAACCCAGUAAUUUUUGUAAUUUUGUAAUGUAGCACAUUCCUGAGAAUAAACCAUACCGCCGAUUUAAACUAUUUUCUAGCAAUAGCAAAAUAUGAAUCCAAUUUGAAUGUUUUUCAUAUUGUUAGCUUUGAUAAUCUCAUAUGAGAAUGUUUCAUGUAAAUGUUGUUGUACCCACCUAAAUUAUUUUUUGUAAAUUAAACUCAAUGAUGCAUUGA